UGGCCUAGUUCCAAAUUUCCCUCAGAUUAGCAGCCACUCAGGCUCGUUACAAAACGAGCAAAUUUGCCGUUUGUUCGUCGCGUAUCGGCAUUGUAAAUAAAACGGAAUGCUCGGCCGUGUACUGGUUUAUCAUACGCGUGAUAAGGAAGAAGAAUUUUUCUUAGGCUAGCUCGGAUGAUUGUUACCGUGCAACGACGUGUGUCCCAAAUCAUCGUUACCCCCAUUGACAUUAUUUUUGUUGAGUUAUCGUGCUGGGCCCCAUUGAAAACAGUUUGAAAAAUUACAAUCGAUAAUUGUAAUAUUCAUUUGGCGAUUGUCAAAUAAGACUUUGCGUGAUCAUCCGUGUAGAAUGGAGCGUAACAAUCGGUUCUACAUCAAAAGAUAUUUAACUUACACUACGGAUCCGAUGCAAUUCAAUGUAAAUUAAACGGGCAUCGGUGUUGGCGUGCUUUCUUAUGCAGCGAUCUCUCACUUUAAACAUGUGAUAUUUUCUUGUUGGCCUUACUUCGACGCAACACGUUUAAAUAAUGGUGUUCUGGAUCUUUUCUCUGAUAGCAAUCAUUUUGCAUUUCAGUUCCGCUCAGACCAAACCAGAAUCCGAUGGUUAUUGUCUCCCCUAUAGGGGAAAGAUCUGCAAAAAGUAUCUAGAUGGUAUCGGGAAAGUAUGGUUCAACGACUCCAACAUUAAUCCUGGAGGAUUCCUGAAUGAACAGAUUACCACAAAUUUGUGGAAGGAGUUGAUAGAGAAGCUUCAAGAACCAUGUCGUUCUGCCGCAGAGAAAAUGCUGUGCAUGUAUGCCUUUCCGCAAUGCCACAACUCGGUUGGGCUGCCAUUAUGUUACGAAGAUUGCAUGGCAGUACGUCAUCAGUUCUGCUUUAACGAUUGGGCAAUGAUAGAAGACAACAAGCAAAGGAAGAUUUAUAUCAGAUCAAGGGGACAUUUUACACUUCCAGAAUGCGAAUCACUGCCAAAAGUAGUCAAAGGGAAAGUCACUUGUUCGCACAUUCAUUUGACUGAUAUGAACGAAGAGCUUGUUACAUAUGAUUGUGUCAAGGGCAAUGGCAGGUUUUAUAUGGGCAAAGUAAAUACGACAAAGUUUGGUUUAGACUGUCAGGCAUGGAGUGCACAAAUACCCCAUAAUCACGACAGACCACCGGACGUCUUCCCACAAAUUCGUGACGGCGAGAACUACUGUAGAAAUGCCGGUGGAGAGGAACCAAUGCCAUGGUGCUUCACCAUGGAUCCUGCAAGACGGUGGCAACAUUGUGAUAUUCCUAUAUGCGAUAAAGUAACUAGUAAAGUACUGGAUGUCGACCCAAAAGACUUAACAAUGACUACACUGUUUACCCCAAUGUUUAUACUAAUACUGUCCUCAUUGGGAUUUGUAAUUAUAGUCGGAACCGUAUUGUCGAUUGUUUUGAGUCACAGGCUUCACAAACGACACCAAGGAUACAACCCAACAAAUAACCAGUAUAUAACCAUCGAUCUGGACAAACUGCCGAGCAACAACGCGUAUCACAAGACAAGUGCCCAGCUGAAUCCGAAACUAGAGAAGCUGGAAUUCCCAAGGAACAAUGUUAUCUAUGAGCGAGACUUAGGCCAAGGUGCUUUCGGCAGAGUAUUCCAGGCGAAGGCACCCGGGUUGGUCCCAGGCGAGGAGUUCACAAACGUUGCUGUCAAGAUGCUCAAGGAUGAGGCAUCGGAGGACCUGCUAAAGGAUUUCGAGCGCGAGGCUUGUCUUUUAGCUGAAUUCGAUCACCCUAACAUUGUGAAAUUGCUGGGCGUUUGUGCGCUAGGACGGCCAAUGUGCUUGCUGUUCGAGUACAUGGGACGUGGUGACCUAAACGAGUUCUUGCGGUCCUGUUCACCCGGUAAUUACAUUAUCCGAAGCUUGGAAAGGGACGAACAUUUCACGGACUCGCGUCUGUCGCACAUGGACUUGAUCAACAUCGCGCUGCAAGUAGCUUCCGGUAUGGUGUACCUGUCCGACCGGAAGUUCGUUCAUAGGGAUCUCGCCACGCGCAACUGUUUGAUCAACGACCAAAUGAUCGUGAAGAUUGCCGACUUCGGGCUGUCACAGAAAAUUUAUCUGCAGGAUUACUACAAAGGGGACGAGCAGGAUGCGAUCCCCGUCAGAUGGAUGCCUCUAGAGAGCAUAUUGUACAACAAAUACACCGUCGAGUCCGACGUAUGGGCGUUUGCGGUGUGCUUAUGGGAGAUAUUUAGUUUCGCUCUUCAGCCUUACUAUGGGAUGACCCACGAGGAAGUUGUAAAGUAUAUUAAGGAAGGAAACGUACUUCAAUGUCCGGAGCACACACCCUCGGCGAUCUAUGAUUUAAUGAAACUGUGCUGGAACAGGAGACCAUCGGACCGACCAGCGUUCAGAACCAUUUACAACACGUUGGACACCAUAAAACACAAUUUAGAAGCGGAGAACAAGUCGGACAGCGUGCCGCUGCGUAUUCACGUUUGAACCUGAUAAUAAUUUGUACUAAAUAGGAACUCUAUGAUCCUAGAGAAUUAGCAAAUAAGUGAUAUUUAUGCAAAGGUAACGGUAAGUGAAUGGUAAAUCGUACCUACGUGUUGCGCGUAACUGCCUUUGUUAUGUUUGUUGCGUAGCCUCGUCGAACGAACUGACUGAAAUGUUUAUAAAAAGCGUUUGAUAUUAGUAGCCAUUGUGUUUUACAACAUUGAAUAUUCGAGUAAAACAAGGGCACAAAUUCAUUUACCUAUUUUUUUUUAGUUUUUUGCUUGUAAAUACAUCACGUUACAUUGAAUAUUUUGUUUUUAGAAUGACUUUUUUUCUCGUUUUUUUAAAGACUACAACGAAAGUCUAUCUAAAUUGUUUCUAGACCACAUUCCUAAGCGAAUGGAGUAAGAUGAUAUUUGGAACGUUUCCAGUACUCUACUGCUAAUUUAUGUUUAUCCAUAAUUUAUUUAUAUGCGUGUUUAAACUAUUUUGUAUCGAUUUUACAUGAACUUUUGUAUUACGUUUACAUCUAUUGUGAUUUCACGCAUUCCGUCAACGAAUUUUACAACAUUACACGUACUGCCAGUGAGGAUACUGAUGAUGAAGCAUACUGAGAUAAAGAUUUCUGUGGUAACAUAAUACCGAUAGAUACAAUGUUUCUUGUGUAAGUAGUAAGCAGACUGCCGAUUUUUAUACGCCGUAAAAAAAUCAUUUAUUUAUAAUUGAUAUCAGCAGGCUAUCAGUUUCAUCGUAUUUAUGAACAAAAUUGUCAUUGAUAUUUCUUGAAUCACAAAAAAAUGAGACUUUAUAUUAUAUUUUUACAAAUUUUA